UGCCCGACCAAUGCAAUGCACGAUCGCCGUCGGCCCGGCCAGCCUCGUCCACCUGUCGCCGUCGUCGUCGUCCCCUGCUCCCGGCUCGGCAACUCCUACUCCUCCCCAGUCCCCCGCCUCCUCCACAUGGCGUCGCCGCCUCCGGCGUCCGCGGCGGGCGGGCCGCACAACGUGUUCGUGUACGGGACGCUGAUGGCGGAGGAGGUGGUGCGGGUCCUCCUCGGCCGCGCCCCGCCCUCCUCCCCCGCGCUCCUCCCCGACCACCAGAGGUUCAGCAUCAAGGGCCGCGUCUACCCGACCAUCCUGCCCGUCAACAGCCACGAAGCCAACGGCAAGGUCUUCAGGGGCGUCACCGACAGGGAGCUCAACGUGUUUGACAUGUUCGAGGACGAGGAGUAUGUGAGGAAAACCGUUGAGGUCUCACUGGCUGAUACGUCGGAGAAAUUACUCGCCUUUGCGUACAUAUGGGGCAAUGAGAGUGAUCCUGACCUCUACGGUGAAUGGGAUUUUGAGGCAUGGAGGAAGGUGCAUUUGAAGGAUUAUCUUGAAAUGACAAAAGAAUUCAUGGAGGAAUUGGAACCAGCUGAAUCGGAACCCUAGGCGUGAAGCGGUUGAACCUACAAAUCAUUCUCCCGGAAGAUUUAGUUCGCGAAUGUGCUGUAUGCGCUUCGUUCAACUGGUUCUCCACUUAUUUGUAAAGAAAAUAUCCUUACAAAAUUACCAUAGAACCUGCGUUAUAGUUUUGCCUUUGAUCUCAUAGAUUUGAGGAAUGUUAUGCAUUUCUUCUUUUUUUUGGAUCA